UAUAUACCCACUGCCAUGGCUUCCGAGCAAUAUGCCGUUCACAACAGCAUCGGCGCUCCCAUUGACCAGACCCGCCUCGCGGAGCAAGCCCUGGUCUGCGCGCCGCCGCGGACCGCCAAGUUCACACUCCAGGAGUGGAAGCUCAGCAACGACCAGCGGCUCAGGAAUGCCGAGGACCAGCAGCACCUAGCCGACAGAAUACUCGGAGAGUGCGAGAAAGUGCGAGACGAGACCAAAGAACGAUCUGAGCUGCUGAAAGAAACUACAGACAGGCGCAUCGAGGAACGAAUUGGAGAUAUAGAGUUCAAUAAACAGGAGUUGCUGGUGCAACGGAAGCAAAUAUGUCUGGAAUUGGAGGCGUUAGGUAUGUACAAAACUCGCGUUUUCGACUGUCUUGCGUCGUUGCAAACAAACUCGCUCAAUAUCGUAAGGAAGUGUCUCAUGCUACGGGAUGGAAGAAUCGGCAUAGAUCUGGUAGUGGACCCGGUGGAACAAGCUCUUCAGACGGAGAUCACCACAGUAUUAGGAGGACAGAGUCUGCUGCGUCGGGCUCUAGAGCAGCUUCAAGAACAGAUGCGAAGACUUCGAGCUACACGAUACAUGCUUGAUAGAGACCUUCAGUACAAACAGUCUGCUAUAGAUCUGGAUAAAGGCUCUUUAGCUUUGAAGCCAACUGAUUUGUGCUUGUCAAUAUAUGAAGGGUAUGCAGAUCUGGAUCCGGCUAAUAUAUCCGCCGCCGAAUACGAUGCUUAUUCUGCAAAGAACAUCCAGUUAGCAGCACGAGAGGUGACUAGCGCUCGCCCAAUCAGAGUGUACAUAGACACAUUGUUGAAACAAGUUAUAGACGAUCUCUGGAAAGCUUACGACAGAUGCAACCGAGAGUUCAAUGAGAGGAUAACAGCAACUAAGAUCGCGAAAGCGAGACUGGAGGACUUGCAUCGAGAGACGACGGAGAAGAUAAUGCAGAUGCAGACUAAUAUUUUGGAGUUGAAGAAGGCAUUGGCUCAUAAAGAAGGUCAUAUUGGCCUGGCUCACACUCGGCUGGGCCGGCGGGCGCAGAGGGUUGAAGGUGAGUUAGUCAAGGAUCCCCCAGGUCAAACCCUAUUCUACGAGUGUGAGAUGCUCCGAAGAAGCACCCAGGAGUUGCAGCAGAUGCUUCAUGAGGCUAAUGCAUCUCUGCGCUAUUUGUGUCAAACUCAAAUACAGCUGGAGGAAGACAUCAAUGUCAAGAUGAACACUCUCAAGAUUGACGAGGUCGACUGUAUGACGCUAAGGGCCACCAUGGACUACCAUAGUUAUUAAUGUUUUUCUGCAUGAUGGUAUUA